UUUGAUUUGUUUUGUUUUCUGUCUCUGCUCUUAGGGGAGAGGAAUGCUGAAGAAGCAAGUGUCCUCUAUUCAAACAGAGCUGCCUGCUACUUGAAAGAUGGAAAUUGUAGUCUCUGUGUUAAGGACUGUUCAGUUGCAUUGGACCUGGUCCCUUUUGGAAUCAAACCCCUACUGAGGCGGGCAGCAGGCUAUGAAGCUCUGGAGAGAUACCAGUUGGCCUAUGUGGACUACAAGACUAUUUUACAAGUUGAUUGCACUGUACCAGCUGCGCAUGAUGGUGUCAACAGAAUGACAAAAGUCCUGUUGGAGAAGGAUGGCCUCGAGUGGCGCCAGAAGCUCCCACCAAUCCCUUCAGUUCCUCUUUCUGCUCAGCGAAGAUGGGACUUACCUUCUGCAGGAAGCCAGGAGGCUGCCAGAAAACACAAACCUAAUGAAACUACAUCUGUAGAAAAACAUGUGCCUACUGCUGCUAUGAUUGAAAGAGCAAAAACUCUGAAGCAAGAAGGAAAUGAACUUGUGAAGACAGGGAACCAUAAAAAAGCUAUUGAAAAGUACAGCGAGAGUCUAAAACUCUGUAAUCGGGAAAGUGCGAUAUACACCAACAGAGCUCUUUGUUACCUGUCUCUGAAGCAGUACAAGGAAGCAAUACAAGACUGCACAGAUGCUCUGGGGUUAGAUGCUAAAAAUAUUAAGGCAUUUUACAGACGCGCUCAAGCAUUUAAAGAACUAAAGGAUUACAAAUCAAGCAUGGCCGACAUUACCAGCCUUCUGAAAAUUGAACCAAAGAACACAGCUGCACAGAAGCUACUGCAAGAACUGAACAAGAACUUAAAAUAAAAAGCAGAAUUAAAUCUGUCUGCUCUUUACUGCAGAAGACAGGCUUUCCUUUUAAUACUCAUGCAGGGGCCAACACCGUACGGCCAGCUCUGAAAUCUACCAUCCUGAUUUGCUGAGUAGUAGCUAGUUCUCUACUGCUUAAUUACAUGUACAUUACCAGUUUUCAUAAUAAUGAUACAUGCUAUCUCCCUGUAAGAUCUUUAAAGGUUUUAAAUAACCCUGUCUUUGAAAAGCAUUCAUCUUAAUUUCCUUGAUAUAAGGGAAUUGUUUGUAACUGUAUUAUUUAAAUUAAUCUGUUUGCAAAGAUGGGUAAAGGGGAUAGGACUCCUCCUCUUUUGGCUGAGGCAUGUCUUCAAGAGCAGUAAAUUGCAUUUAUGUAUAUGUAUUGCAGUUGGAGAGAAGCAGAUCUAUUGUGUAUAGUGGGGCUGCUUACUUAAGCAAGCCACUUACAAGGGCUGCUGCAUGAGAAACUAAAGGCAGGGUUUCCCUAGUAAAGUUCAACUCCUUUAAAUAUGAGUGAGACCUCAACAUGAAUAAAUGGCUCAGGUGUUUCCUCUUUUAGCUGGUGCCUACUGGCCUAAAGAAGCUUUUGUUUAGAAUAACUGUUCAGAAGCUUGUGGCUUCUUCUAUAUCGCUCUUCUUCACCAAAAUAGCUACCCACUCUUUAAAAUUGCCUCGAUACUGUAUUUGUGGGCUGUCUUUAAUGCACUGCAGAAGUUUGGGUCCCAAGUGCUUUGAACCCUCAGAGCUACUUUCUAAAUAAUGUUUUAGCUUUGGUUUAUGUCUCAGUGACCAGCUGCUAUUACUACUAUUACAGGCAAGAGGCUGUAUAAUAGUUCUUCACAGGGGCCUCAUGUGAGGUACCAUCUUCCUCCAUCAGAGACUUACAAGCAUGUUAUAUUCUGAUUCUUCCCAGCUGAUGGUGGUAAUGAAGUUAUUUGUUAAUACUGAGACUGAAAUAGAUACGAUUUGUUUGGCAAAGCUACUGUAUGAACAAUGCAACUCCUAUUAAAAAGCCAGCAUAUGUUACAGCUGUAUGUUAUUAGAAUUGGGUAUUUAACACUGGGCUUUGUGCAUAUGUUGCUACCAUAAUUGUUGCUGGUGGCAGGCAAGACUUUAAUCUUUUGCCAGUAUAAAGUACUAUUUCCUGUGUCCUUAUGGUCUAAGAGCACCCACUGUGUAAUGGAACUACAGAGAUAUUUAUAUACUGAUAAAAACACAGCUGUUUUCCAAACUUCUAUCUAGGUGUAUGCUUAGGUUGUUGGAUUGUUGCAUCCAGCAGAACAACAGUCUUGCAGCAUAGCUCCAGUGAGAAACAGAAGUGCUGACAAAUCCUAACUGGAGAUGUUUUCAGGACACUUACUACCAGCAAGUGUUGACUACUCACACUGAAGUACAUGGAGUCUGCUCUUCCCACCUAUCAUUCCUCCUGCAAGAUGAGUGAAUGUUGGUUUUAUUUCCACUUCUAAUCUCUAGUAGGGUUGGGAAUGUUACUGGUUAGCCAGUGGGGGGCUGGAGCAGCCCUGUAGGGCCUGCUGCAGCUGGAAAAGGGGAGUGCUCUAGCCUGCUCCGUGCAGCCCCUGUCUGGUGUGGGAGGAGGACUACCCCACCCCAUCUGCAGGAGAGCAACAGGUUAAUUAAACAGGAUUUUAUAUCCCUA